GCAUUGUAAAGCCACAGGUAUAAAUAUAUACAUAUAUAUAUGCCAUGGCAAACAUAAUUAAGUUGUUAAGUGCCUUGUCUUGGUUGGUUUUAUGUCUUGGGGAACGAGAUGUGAGUCAAAUUCUUCCAUUUCGUGACCUCACCUUAUCAAGAGAAGAAAGGGUGGAGGAUUUGGUUUCUCGCCUUACUGUAAAAGAACUAGUUCUUCAAAUCUCCAGAGGUGGAGCUGGUGACAAUGGUCCCGCACCAGCUAUCACGAGACUUGGGAUUGGUCCUUACCAGUGGAACACCGAGUGUCUCCGUGGUUACGCAAUGAACGGGGACGCCACGUGCUUCCCUCAACCUAUCGGCCUCGCUGCUACUUUUGACCAAGGUCUUAUAUACAAGCUUGCGAAGACCAUCGCAUUAGAAGCUCGUGCAAAACACAACAAUUUUACAAAGAAUGGAAACUUUGGCGACCACACUGGUCUCAGUUGUUUCUCUCCAGUUAUAAACAUUUUAAGACAUCCGCUGUGGGGAAGGAAUCAGGAAACUUUUGGUGAGGAUCCUGUUAUGUCGAGUCUUAUGGCACGUGCUUAUGUAACUGGGUUACAAGGAGAUGAAAUAUAUUAUCCUGCUACUGCAAACUGCAAGCAUUUUGCUGCUUAUGAUGGCCCAGAGAAUAUACCAAGUUCCAGAUUAAGUUUCAAUGCCAAUGUGUCAAUCGAGGAUCUCGGCCGAACAUAUUUCCCAGCUUUUCGUGAGUGUGUACAUUCUGGUGCAUUUGGGAUUGUAUGCAGUUAUAAUGCUAUUAAUGGUGAACCUGCAUGUGCAAGCAGUUAUUUACAAACCAUUCUUCGAGAUAAAUUCAAUUUCAAAGGUUACGUUUCAAGUGAUGAAUCAGCCAUCGAGUUCUUUGACAUUUACUUUAAAUACACAAAGUCGAACCUUCUAUCCGCUGUGGCUGCUUUUGAUGCUGGUGUGGAUCUUGAGUUGACGAGUUACGGAAAAAACAAUCGUUACUCGUUGUUAAAUCAAGCUGUUGAGCAAGGUUUGGUGACGGAAGCAGCGCUCCGAAGAUCAGCGAAGAGGUUGUUCCGGACGAGGAUGGCUCUCGGAGAAUUUGACCCUCAGGAGUUCAACCACUGGCUCAAUGUUCCAAUUGAUGUGGUUCAGAGUUUGGCACAUAGAAAGCAAGCAGUGGAGGUAGCUGCAAAAUCCUUUGUUCUGCUGAAAAAUGAUGGAGUUUUGCCUUUAAAUCAUCGCUAUGAAAAUGUUGCUAUUGUUGGACCCUUUAUAAACAACAGCGAAGCACUGACAGGGGACUACCAUCCUAACUAUAAUCUGAAAUAUUUUUCCUCCCCACUAUUUGCUGCUAACUCUCUAUCGUCCUCUGGUGUUGCGCGAUUCACAACAGGGUGUGUGGGGACAAACAACCAAAACCUUCCAAUCUGCGCAACCUACAACUCCACUAAUGUAAAGGAAGUUGUAACUGGUAGCGACAUUGUGCUUGUGACGCUUGGCACAGGUCGUGGUGUAGAAGCAGAAUCAAACGACAGGCGAGAUAUUAAUCUUCCUGGAAAACAACUUCAAUUAAUACAAGAUGUUGUGAAAUAUGCAAAUGGACCUGUGAUAGUUGUAUUAUUCAAUGCUGGACCACUUGAUGUUAGUUGGGUGAUGGGCAACACUGCAGCUGUCAUUGCUUGUCACUUCUCUGCACAGAUGACUGGAGAAGCAAUGUUGGAAGUUUUGACAGGGGUAGUCAAUCCAGCUGGAAGACUUCCUAACACAUGGCCUGCUUCUAUGGAACAGGUCCCCCCUAUGACAGACUACAGCAUGCACGAGCGUACAUACCGCUACUCUACCUCCUCCCCAUUAUUCCCGUUUGGUUACGGUCUCUCAUACACCAAGUUCUGGUACUUGGAUGCUGUAGUAGAACCAACCACUAUACAAAGAUGUCAGAUUCCUGUUGUUCGUGUCUUGAUACAAAACACUGGUCAUCUGGAUGGGGAAGAGGUGGUGCAAAUAUACAUGACAUCGAAGAAAAAAAGAGAUCGUGAGCUCUUGCGCCAACUAGUGGCAUUCCAGCGUGUCCCGAUAAAAGCUGGUGAAGAAGUUUCAAUUUCUCUUCCUAUUCCUCAUCUUAGUAGAGCAAUAUGGAUGAAACAUAACCGAAGUUUUGAUUAUUACUUUGAUGCUGACGAGUUCACGUUGUAUGUUGGUGGUCAGCAACCCCACCAAGUGGUAAAAGUGCCGUCAAAUAUUCUGGAACUUUCUUUCAAAUACGAACUCGAAUUUCCUGGACAGGUUAUCUCACUGAGUGAUUGUAAUGUGUGAAAACCCACUAUAUAUAUAGUAGGGUGGGGGCUUUAUAACUCUUUGAAUGUUCUUUGUUUACCACCAAGUUGAACGAGAAAUAGAAUGAAAAGGUCUCCCAUCUUCCCCCCACCCUACUAUAUAUAAUUCUUAUGUUUUCAAACAUAUAGUACACAGAUAACUGCAUUUACAAUGUACGUGGAUUUCAUUUGUCAAGUUGUUGGACCAAAGAUAUGAAAUUUUGGUUGAUUUAAACACAUUUUUAGUUGUUUUAGUUUUAUUGCACUUUUUUGUUAAAACGUAAGAUUAUUUUUAUUUUAGUUGAAUAAUUAGUGAAACAAAAUCUUGUUUGCAUUUAUACUAAACCCUGAUUGCGCCAAAACAAAUGUACUUAAUUCAUGACUGUUUUCAAUGGUUUUGUUUACUGCAGUAACUUACGCGUAUUUUCACAAGUGCAAUUACAUUUUGCAUUCAAUGUA